GCCUGUUAAAGCUGUUGCUGUGGAAGAUACUGUAUCUGCCAUCUGGCUGGAUCCAAGUCCGUGGCCAUACUCUUAGGUAAUUUGACAGACAAAAGGCCUCUCUAUGGUGUCAAGUCACUUUAUGGUCAUGGGGAAUGGUUCAAUCAAAACCCCUCGAUUGGAGGAAACAUGCUUGCCCUCCAGUAUCAAAGAGGUAUCAUCGUGGGAGUCAGCAGAGCACCUCAAACUGAGGAUCAUGCACCUGGAGGAGGAGCUUACCCGUCGAGACCAGGAGAUCCGUGCCCAGGAGCAGCAGUUGCAGAGACUUCAGAGGGAAGUGGCCAAAAAGGUGUCCCAGAUCGACAAGCUCCAGGACGCAAUUGGCUACAACAGCCUGGGCCGCUCACCACCUACCCUGGCCAGGCACAGUCGCCGGCUGCUCAGCGUUAUCAACCAGGGCUCUACGCGCUUCCACCGGGUGGCUGUGGAAGUGCACCGCCGCCUCAAGGCCAAGGAGGGCGUGUCAGCUGAGCCCACAUCAGGGCAUUUCUGUGACAGUCGCAAGGCCCAUCCCAUGUCUGUAGAGAGAGCACACAUCCGCAAAGACUCGGGCACCAAGAAACUGAUCAAUGAAGCCAUCAUGAACAAUGACUUUCUGAUGAAGCUCGAGCCUCAACACAUGCGAGAGAUGGUGGAUUGCAUGUAUGAAAAGAUCUACAUCGCCAAUCAACUGGUCAUCCAAGAAGGAGAACCUGGAAACUACCUCUAUGUGCUUGCAGAGGGCUUGUUGGAGGUGAUGCAGAAUGGGAAACUCCUCGGUCAAAUGCGACCUGGAACAGCCUUUGGAGAGUUGGCUAUUCUCUACAACUGCAAGAGGACUGCCACUGUUAAAGCUGUGACUCAGUCCUACAUCUGGGCUUUGGACCGGCAGACAUUUCAGAGUAUCAUGAUGAGAUCCACUCAGGCCAGACAUGAGGAGUAUUUCAGCUUCCUGCGCAGUGUGUCUUUAUUGAAGGACCUGCCAGAGGAGAAACUUGCUAAAAUUGUUGACUGUCUAGAAAUUGAUUACUUUAAUAAAGGGGAAUACAUUAUUCGUGAGGGUGAGGAAGGAAACACUUUCUUCAUUAUUGCUAAAGGAGAGGUUUUAGUAACACAGAGCACAGAGGGCUAUUCUGAGCCUCAGGAGAUUAAGAUUUUGGGAGUGGGAGAUUACUUUGGAGAAAAAGCUCUUAUAAGUGAGGAUGUUCGUUCAGCUAACAUAGUUGCAAUGGAGAAUGACACACAAUGUUUGGUAGUGGACCGAGAUAAUUUCAACCAGAUGGUGGGGACAUAUGAGGAGCUGCAGGCGUAUCUGCAAGAGUAUGUGGAGCAGCUAUCAAUAAGUGAUGAGAGGAGGAAUGCAGUGACCCAGUCUCCUCUCUGCGUGCAAGGCCCCAAAGCAGCUGAGCUGCACUGCCUGCAUGAGAAGGCAGCACAGUUGUGCAGCACCUCCUUCCUAAAGGAGCUGCAAGUCGUGGUCACACUGGGCAUGGGGGGUUUCGGCCGAGUGGAGCUGGUGAAACUUAAAAAUGAAGAUACCACUUUUGCUUUAAAGUGUAUUAAGAAGAAGCACAUUGUGGACACUAGGCAGCAAGAGCAUAUCUACUCAGAGAAGAACAUUCUGUUACAGGCCAACUGCAACUUCAUUGUGAGAUUAUUCCGGACAUUUCGAAAUCACAGAUAUGUGUAUAUGCUGCUUGAGGUGUGUCUUGGUGGAGAGUUAUGGAGCAUACUUAGGGACAUGAGCUUCUUUGAGGAGGCCACUGCACGAUUUUGUACUGGUUGUGUAUUGGAGGCCUUUGAUUACCUACAUGGAAUGGGAAUUGUUUAUCGAGACCUAAAACCAGAAAAUCUACUCUUGGAUGCAGAGGGCUAUGUCAAAAUGACUGAUUUUGGUUUUGCUAAGAGAAUUGGCUUGGGGAAGAAAACCUGGACAUUCUGUGGAACUCCAGAGUAUGUGGCACCUGAGGUCAUUAUGAAUAAGGGCCAUGACUUUGGCGCUGACUGCUGGUCCCUAGGCAUCCUGAUUUUUGAGCUGCUCACUGGCAGCCCUCCUUUCUCAGGGUCCGAUCCUAUCAAGAUCUACACUAUGGUGCUUCAUGGCAUAGAGAAGGUGGACAUGCCUAAGAGGAUCAGCAAGCGCCCAGAGGACCUUAUCAGGAGGCUCUGCAAGCUCAGUCCAGCAGAAAGACUUGGCAAUAAGAAGAAUGGCAUCACUGACAUCAAAAAACACAAGUGGUUUCAGGGUUUCAACUGGGAGGGACUGAGACAGUGGAAACUGUUGUCUCCACUGAAGAGAGAGCUGAAGGGGCCUCUGGAUCACAGUCAUUUUGACAUGUUUCCCCCUGAGAUUGAGGAACCUCCAGAUGAACUUUCUGGUUGGGAUAAAGACUUCUAAAUGUCUGCUGUUCUUCACACAUAACCACAAACCCCUCUUCAACCUGGUUUAAUGAAUUUGUGCAGCUGGCAAAUGAUAUUGAACAAAAAAACAAAGGAGAGACCAUGGUGAAGAGUAAAAUAAAACUGAAAAUAAAAGGGGCAUGUGCAUCAGAGAUGACUUUGCUACCUUAAAGAGUUUUCAUAUUGUCACUGCAUGGAUGAUGAAAAAAUGCUAUGAUAGAUGAAGCAGAAAUGCUUGUGGUGUGGUAUACACACAUCCAACAGUGCCAGAAAGUGUCAGGAAUAGCUCCAAUGGCAGACACAUAUUGCUGACAAAAUAAAGGCUCAGAUGAACCAAAUCUUGGUAAAAAAUGAUAAAAAUGGACUACUGCUUUAACAAGUGCAUAAAGUACUUUAUUGAAUUGUACUUUAUUUGAAUAAGGUGAAAAUCAUGUCCGAUUAUUGUUUGGGGUUGUAAAAGAGAAUUACAAGUACUAAACCAUUGCCUCAGUUUAGUUAUGAGAUGGGUCUUAUUUUUUCAGUAGUCAUUUUUAUAAUGAUUUUUUAAACUUGGAAGCCAAAUCAGUGUGUCUGGAUAGUCUGUCAGUUAUAGUGUUAUUUUCAUUAUGUAACCAUCUUCAACUGACUAUUGAUUUUAUCUUCCUAGAAUUUGUGUGUAUCUUGUAAUGGUUAAAAACAAACUCCUGAAGGUAUAUGGGUCUUUAAGAAAAAUAAUUAUUAAGAUGAUAAAUGUAUUUUAUUUGUAAAAUAGGCUAUACAGGAAAUGAGUAGUUUAUUACAAGAUUAAUAUAAAGGAUAUGUUCUUUAAAAAUGUAGUGUCUCAUAACUUAUGAAUAGUGCUUUAUACUGAAUCAAAAAUAUAUUGAUCACUGUUUAUAUGUUUUGCUGUGCUAAAAUGCAUAGCCAUAGCAACAGAAUUGUUUAUUAAUAAUAAAAAUAAUAAACAUUCCAA